GCAGUUGUCGCGAUCGGAAGCAAAUCGGAAAAUCUCCCUUGGAAUCCUAACACACGCAGGCGAAGAAUUUGCUGGUUGUGUCGAGACAACGUCCGUCGCAUUUCGAUUGGAUUCAGAAUUUGAUUUAUUGAAAUGUUGCCCUUUCGCUGGGGCCUGCUACUUGGCGUUGUGCUCCUCGUGACAUGCGCAAAUGGAGCUGCCAUCGAAAAAUCACUAGCAACCGAAGACGAGGCUGCUAGUGCGAUCGACCUUCAGAGAGAAAAGAGAAGCGGCAGAGGCUAUUCUAGGGGACAGACCCAGUCUCAGUACUUAAACUUCGGCAAGCCCGAGGAGGAUGGCAAGGCGGAGGCAGAGGCCACCGAAAAUGGAUCUCGCUCAACUGUCUCUGGCACCCAUGGCAUGGGCCAGGCCCAGAGUCAGUUCUCAUCAGGAGACUGCAGUGGAUGUGGUGGCUACCAAACAGAAUACCCUUCUUCCGGCAGAAUACUCGACGCCAGUGGAUCCGGUGUUGCCGGUGGAAGGCCCGAUUCCAUUAUCAGCUUGCCAGGCGGAGGUGCGCAGGGCACAGCCGGUGGGCAGCCAGGUGCCAGUGGUCAGCCAGGAUUCGGCGGAGUGCCUGGAUAUGGGGGACAGCCGGGAAUUGGCGGAUCACAGGGAACUGCCGGUGGUCAACCCGGAUAUGGGGCACAAACGGGCUCUGGAGGUCAAUUUGGCGGUCAACCUGGAGAUGGAACAGGAACGCAAACCGGAAUUGGUGGAGGACAAUCAGGACCUCAGUCUGGCGGAACUCCCGGAUAUGGAACUCAACCUGGAGGACAGCCUGGAGGAAGACAAACUGGAGGUGCUGGACAGCCUGGAUCCGGAAGCCAGCCCGGCGGUCGACCCGGCUACGGAACUCCUGGUCAGACAGGAACCACUGCCGGACAACCCGGAUACGGAACUCCCGGCUAUGGAACGCAACCUGGAGUUGGCGGUCAGACAGGAACCACUGGCGGUCAACCAGGAGUUGGUGGUCAAACAGGAACCACUGGCGGACAACCAGGAUACGGAACUCCCGGUUACGGAACGCAAACUGAGUUAGGUGGUCAGACAGGUACCACUGGGGGACAACCAGGAGCUGGUGGUCAGACAGGAAUCACUGGUGGGCAGCCAGGAGUUGGUGGUCAGACAGGAGCCGCUGCCGGUCAACCAGGAUACGGAACUCCCGGCUAUGGCGGUCGGACAGGAGCCACUGGCGGACAGCCAGGAGUUGGUGGUCAAACAGGAACCACUGGCGGACAACCAGGAUACGGAACUCCCGGCUAUGGAGACCAACCAGGAGUUGGUGGCCAGACAGGAAUCGGAGGAGGACAGCCCGGAUACGGAGCACAGCCAGGAGUUGGUGGCCAGACAGGAAUCGGAGGAGGACAGCCCAGGUACGGAGCGCAGCCAGGAGUUGGUGGACAGACUGGAAGCGCUGGCGGACAACCCGGAUACGGAUCUCCCGGCUAUGGAGUCCAACCAGGAGUUGGUGGCCAGACAGGAAUCGGAGGAGGACAGCCAGGAUACGGAUCGCAGCCAGGAGUUGGUGGCCAGACAGGAAUCGGAGGAGGACAGCCCGGAUACGGAUCGCAACCAGGAGUUAGUGGCCAAACAGGAAUCGGAGGAAGACAGCCCGGAUACGGAUCGCAGCCAGGAGUUGGUGGACAGACAGGAACAGCUGGCGGACAACCCGGAUACGGUUCUCCCGGCUAUGGAGUCCAACCAGGAGUUGGUGGCCAGACCGGAAUCGGAGGAGGACAGCCCGGAUACGGAUCGCAGCCAGGAGUUGGUGGACAGACAGGAAUCGGAGGAGGACAACCCGGAUACGGAUCGCAGCCAGGAGUUGGUGGCCAGACAGGAACUCCCGGCUAUGGAGUCCAACCAGGAGUUGGUGGCCAGACAGGAAUCGGAGGAGGACAGCCCGGAUACGGAGCGCAGCCAGGAGUUGGUGGCCAGACAGGAAUCGGAGGAGGACAGCCCGGAUACGGAGCGCAGCCAGGAGUUGGUGGCCAGACAGGAAUCGGAGGAGGACAGCUCGGAUACGGAUCGCAGCCAGGAGUUGGUGGCCAGACAGGAACUCCCGGCUAUGGAGUCCAACCAGGAGUUGGUGGCCAGACAGGAAUCGGAGGAGGACAGCCAGGAUACGGAUCGCAGCCAGGAGUUGGUGGCCAGACAGGAAUCGGAGGAGGACAGCCCGGAUACGGAUCGCAGCCAGGAGUUGGUGGCCAGACAGGAAUCGGAGGAGGACAGCUCGGAUACGGAUCGCAGCCAGGAGUUGGUGGCCAGACAGGAACUCCCGGCUAUGGAGUCCAACCAGGAGUUGGUGGCCAGACAGGAAUCGGAGGAGGACAGCCAGGAUACGGAUCGCAGCCAGGAGUUGGUGGACAGACUGGAAUCGGAGGAGGACAGCUCGGAUACGGAUCGCAGCCAGGAGUUGGUGGCCAGACAGGAACUCCCGGCUAUGGAGUCCAACCAGGAGUUGGGGGCCAGACAGGAAUCGGAGGAGGACAGCCCGGAUACGGAGCACAGCCAGGAGUUGGUGGCCAGACAGGAAUCGGAGGAGGACAGCUCGGAUACGGAUCGCAGCCAGGAGUUGGUGACCAGACAGGAAUCGGAGGAGGACAGCCCGGAUACGGAUCGCAACCAGGAGUUCGUGGACACACAGGAAUCGGAGGAGGACAGCCCGGAUACGGAGCGCAGCCAGGAGUUGGUGGCCAGACAGGAAUCGGAGGAGGACAGCCCGGAUACGGAUCGCAGCCAGGAGUUGGUGGCCAGACAGGAAUCGGAGGAGGACAGCCCGGAUACGGAGCGCAGCCAGGAGUUGGUGGACAGACAGGAAUCGGUGGCGGACAGCCCGGAUACGGAGCGCAGCCAGGAGUUGGUGGCCAGACAGGAAUCGGAGGAGGACAGCCCGGAUACGGAUCGCAGCCAGGAGUUGGUGGCCAGACAGGAACUCCCGGCUAUGGAGUCCAACCAGGAGUUGGUGGCCAGACAGGAAUCGGAGGAGGACAGCCCGGAUACGGAGCGCAGCCAGGAGUUGGUGGCCAGACAGGAAUCGGAGGAGGACAGCCCGGAUACGGAGCGCAGCCAGGAGUUGGUGGCCAGACAGGAAUCGGAGGAGGACAGCCCGGAUACGGAUCGCAGCCAGGAGUUGGUGGCCAGACAGGAACUCCCGGGUAUGGAGUCCAACCAGGAGUUGGUGGCCAGACAGGAAUCGGAGGAGGACAGCCCGGAUACGGAGCGCAACCAGGAGUUGGUGGACAGACAGGAAUCGGAGGAGGACAGCCCGGAUACGGAGCGCAGCCAGGAGUUGGUGGACAGACAGGAAUCGGUGGCGGACAGCCCGGAUACGGAGCGCAGCCAGGAGUUGGUGGCCAGACAGGAAUCGGAGGAGGACAGCCCGGAUACGGAUCGCAGCCAGGAGUUGGUGGCCAGACAGGAACUCCCGGCUAUGGAGUCCAACCAGGAGUUGGUGGCCAGACAGGAAUCGGAGGAGGACAGCCCGGAUACGGAGUCCAACCAGGAGUUGGUGGCCAGACAGGAAUCGGAGGAGGACAGCCCGGAUACGGAGCGCAGCCAGGAGUUGGUGGCCAGACAGGAAUCGGAGGAGGACAGCCCGGAUACGGAUCGCAGCCAGGAGUUGGUGGCCAGACAGGAACUCCCGGCUAUGGAGUCCAACCAGGAGUUGGUGGCCAGACAGGAAUCGGAGGAGGACAGCCCGGAUACGGAGCGCAGCCAGGAGUUGGUGGCCAGACAAGAAUCGGAGGAGGACAGCCCGGAUACGGAGCGCAGCCAGGAGUUGGUGGCCAGACAGGAAUCGGAGGAGGACAGCCCGGAUACGGAGCGCAGCCAGGAGUUGGUGGCCAGACAGGAAUCGGAGGAGGACAGCCCGGAUACGGAGCGCAACCAGGAGUUGGUGGACAGACAGGAAUCGGUGGCGGACAGCCUGGUUACGGAUCCCAAACAGGAGCGGAUGGUCAGAGAGGAGGCGCUGGCGGACAACCUGGAGCUUACGGCAGUCAGCCGGGUGCGCCAGGUACGGGAGACUUCGGUUCAGGUCAACCUGGUUACGGACCGCAGACAGGAGGACAAGCGGUACUGCCUGGUGGCGGCAGUCAAAUUGGAGCACCGGGACGUUAUACAGCUGGAACAGGUGGAGCUCCUGGCACCGGCGGAGCUGGUGGCGUUGGAGGUGGCGUUGGUGUUCCUGGUGCUUCUGGUGUCGUGGGAGUUGACGACGCCUUCUCCCAAGCAGAAUCGACCAUUGGAGAUGGACAGGCCUCCGCCAGUGCUCAAGGCAAGAAGAACGGCGGAACAGCCAAGACCCAGGUGUCUGGCACCUACAGCUCGGGCGGCACCUUCAGCGCCAGUGCUAUGACAUCGGAUGCGGAUCGAGCGGCCAGUGCUCAGGUGACAGGAAACGCGGAUGGAGCGGUAAGCCAGUCGCAGGGCUCAGGCGGUCCCGCCCAAUCGCAGGCGCAGGUGCAGGUAGGCAAGGAUGGCGGCACCAAGGCCUCCUCGCAGAGCGGAGGUAUUAUCCAACAGAGCCAGAGCGAAGUGCAUGCUAACGACAAGGGUGGUCUGGCCGAUGCUCAGUCAAGCGGACCUGGUCAAACGUCCUCGCAAGCUCAGAUUGGGUUCCGUCCCGGUCAAGAAGCUAAUCCGCCGGCUGCUAACGGUGGCGGCCAGGCUUCAUCCUCGUCCGGUGCCCACUCUAGUCAGAGUAGCUCACAAAUUCAUGGAACAUCCAGUUUUGGAGUUUCCUACCAUGGAGCCGCACAGUCCGCAUCGGGAACCAAGGAGCAAGUGGCUUCUUACAGAGAACAAAACCGAGAACUGUUUAACACCAUAAGUCAGUUUGGCAACAAUGGCAAUGCUGUUACUGAUCGUGCUGAUGCCGUCUAUAGCGGACCAGCCCUCACUGACGAAUCCGAACGACUCCCCGAGCUGCAACUCAAGUCCACAAAACCCAAGGAAGAAACCGUCAAGGAUGAUAAGCAGGAACCGGCAGAGCCUUCUCAGUACGAAGACGAGGACGAAAACGAGGCGGAUGAGUAUGAUGAAGAUGAGUACUACAACGAAAAGCCGGUCAAGUUGGAGGAAAGUCCCAAGCCGGCGAACAUAGUCAAGCCAGAGGCCACACCAGAGCCACAGGCCUACACACAGUCCUCACCCACGCAGACACAAAAGGCUGUGGUGGCACCAACGGCAGGGGAUAAGUACCAAGUCGUCCAGAAGCAGAACGGCAAGGUCAAUACCUACACCGUACCCUCCACAACCGAGGCCAUUCCUCCAGGAUUCCGAGGCACUGUCAAUGUGCAAAAGAAGUUCCACACCAAGGCCUUGGAGCUGCACCCCACCAACAAGGUUGAAAUCACUGCUGACACUGAUGGCGAGGGCCCUAUUCGGGGCGACAAGCCAACACAACGUGCUCCAGACAGCUAUGUCACUGUAACCAAGUCGGUGACUGGCAGCAUGGACAAUAGCAAGAACCCGCCGCAGGAGAAUAAGAACUUCCAGUCGACGUACUACACCAAGUCAUCGACGUGCGGGUACUUUACCUUCUCGUGCAACAUUGUUUAUGGUGCGAACGGAAGGAGCAAAAUCUGCCGCCCAAAGGCACCGGCCAAUGGCAAGUGCUAAAGGAGCAGAUGAUGCCACAGACCUUGAACACGCCAACCCACCCAUAUUAUAGUAGAUCAGUUCCAAAGGGGCUCAAUUUGUAGAACAGCUUAACCAUCUACAAACAAACACCUAUUUGUAUUUUGAUGCAGCGUGUUUAUAAGCAUUUAAGUGUUUUUCGCAAAUAAUUUUAGAUUUUCACUGCCAUUCUUUGAAUAAUUUGUACGUUUUGCAAACUGUAAUUAAUAUUUA